AUGGCGGAUGAAACUCACUAUUCAUCUCCCAACGACUCUGCGCCCCUCAAACGCAAGUAUGAUGACCAAUCCUCCGACAGACCCACCGGCUUCUCCGCUGGCCCCGCCACCGGCAUCGAGCUCGCCAAGCAGCGUGCUCAAGAAGUCGCAGCUCGCCUCCUUCUCAGCGGUGGUCCUCCUCCCCUCGACGCCAAGCGUCCCAAACCCGACAACGGUGCUCCUACCUCUGGCUUCGAUUCUUUCGAUGCGAAGCCUCAGUACUCGGCCAUUCCUCCCGUCUCCUACAGUCACCAAGGUACUAGCAAGAAGAUUGAUAUCCCUAACGGUAGGGUUGGUGUGAUUAUUGGCAAAGGUGGAGAGACCAUUAAGUAUCUCCAGUUGCAGUCUGGUGCCAAAAUUCAAGUUACUCGCGAUAUGGACGCCGAUCCUAAUUCUGCUACUAGGACCGUUGAGCUUAUGGGCACUCCCGAGGCAAUUGCGUCUGCUGAGAAACUCAUCAAUGAAGUUCUUGCUGAGGCUGAAUCUGGGGGUUCUGGCAUUGUUGCUCGAAGACUGACUGGACAAGCUGGGUCGGAUGAAUUUGUCAUGAGAAUUCCGAAUAAUAAGGUUGGACUUAUUAUUGGUAAAGGAGGAGAAACCAUAAAAAAUAUGCAAGCUUCUACUGGAGCACGGAUUCAGGUGAUACCUUUGCAUCUUCCUCCAGGUGACACAUCAACUGAAAGAACAUUAAAAAUUGAUGGGACACCUGAGCAAAUUGAGUCUGCAAAGGAGUUGGUUAAUCAAAUCAUCAGUGGCGAGCCCAAUGCUCUGGUGAGGGUUAGUGUCUAUGGGACCAUUGGUGACACCAACAUGAAACCCUCUGUUGGUGUUCCCUCAGCAUGCCCCGAUAUUUUGAGAUACCAUAUGAUGAAUUGCCUUUUCAAGGCAAUAAAUAUUGAAUGCUUGUUUGCUUCUAUGGUCUAUGGUUUCUUUUGUACCCAUUCAAUUCGAAUAGGGAAAGGGUGUGCUUCUGCUGGAGUAACUCAGUUUUAUCACGAAACAGUACGGUAUAAUCGUCUAAGAAAUCCUGCAAUGUCUGGUGGUUAUCCUCAGCAAGGUUACCAAUCUCGACCACCCUCUAACUGGGCUCCCCCUGCUCCAAUGCAGCAACCUGGUUAUGGCUACGUGCAACCUGGAGCAUAUUCUGGUCCAUCACCUCAGUAUAACAUGCCUCAACCACCAUGUGCUGGCUAUCCUCCCCAGCAACCAGGUGGAUAUUCCACCAGCUGGGACCAAUCUUCUGCACCACCUCACCAACAGUCUACUCAUACUGGAGGCUAUGAUUACUAUAGUCAACAGCCACAGCAACCACAAAAUCCUGGAGGGCCUGCACCUCCAGGGGAUGGCUCUGCAUACAAUUACAGUCAACCACCUUCCUCUGGUUAUAGCCAACCGGGACAGGGUUAUGCUCAAGACAGUUAUAAUGCAUAUAAUACACAAUCUCAAUCAGGGUAUGGACAACCACCAACAUAUGAUCAACAGCAAGGCUAUGGCUCAGCUACUACUGGCUAUGGUAGUGGGAGUAACCCAGCACAAGAGGGCCACACUGCGAGCUAUGCAUCGCAGGGAGAUUCAGCCCAAGCUCCAUCUUCCCAACCGACCAGCAUGGCACAGCAAGGUUAUCCUACCAGCCAACAGCCCAGCUCAAACACUGCCAACUACCCACCUCAGGGAACCCCUCAGUCAGGUUAUGGGGUUCCGCCUACAUCCCAAGCUGCUUAUGGAAAUCAACCACAGCCAGGUUAUGGACCUGGUUAUGGAGCUCCUCAAUCGCAAAAACCAAGUGGCAAUCCUCCUGUUUAUGGACAGUCGCAGUCACCUAGUGCGGUAGGAGGCUAUGGUCAGUCAACAUAUCCUGCGCAGCCUCCCCCAUCCGGGUAUACUCAAUCCCAACCAGAAUCGGGAUCUCAGAGAGCACCACAGUCUGGUUAUGUUGCAGGGCAACCAGGUUAUGGUUCUCAAACAUAUGGUGCUCCUCAGGGUGGUCAGCCUGCUUAUGGUCAGGCACCGCCUCCAUACAGCAACAGUUCGUAUGGUGCUGGUUAUGCGCAGGGUCCUCCUUACACUGGUGAUGGUAAUUCGAGUGGGAAUACUCAGCCUCCUCAGACUGCCGCUGCCAAAACUUCGCCUCAGAGUUGA